AUGACAGUGAUGAACGAGCCCAUCCUGCAAGUACGAAAGUACAGCUCGUUCUCCAGACUGCUCCGGGUUACGUCAUGGGUGCUACGGUUUGUCCACAACAGCAGGAGCCCUUCUCUCAAGGACAGGGGUAUGCCAAGUUCAGAAGAGAUUAAUGCGGCAGAGCACUAUUGGAUUAGAAAUGCUCAACGUGAGGCUUUUGGGUUGCAGCCUACCACCCACACUUCUCUUCGGAACGCCUCCUUGUUUCACGACGACGAAGGGAUCCUCCGCAUGCAAGGACGUCUCCAGUACGGUGUCUUUCCUGAUGCAGUCAAGCAUCCUAUAGUCUUGCCCUCGAACCACCCUAUCACAGCCAUGAUUAUCAGGCAGACUCACUUACGGUUGUUGCACGCUGGCGUCCAAGGAACACUGACUGACCUACGAGAGGCCUACUGGGUCAUUCGAGGACGGCAAGUGGUAAAGAGGGUGGUGCACGGCUGUCGCGUUUGCAGGCGAGCGAAAGCCCGCGCGUGUACUGAGAUUGCUGGUCCCCUACCUCGGGACCGAAUAUCAGCUGCAGCGCCAUUUGAUGUGACAGGAACCGAUUAUGCUGGGCCACUCUUUUACAGGCCAUCCUAUGAAGAGAGCAAUGUUUCAAGAAAAUGCUACAUCCUCAUCUUCACUUGCGCCGUAACUAGGGCAGUUCAUUUAGAGCUCACAGAAUCUAUGACUGCCGAAGACUUUUUGAAGGCCUUCAAGAGAUUUGUAUCGAGGAGAGGUGUGCCAGGAACAGUAUACUCUGAUAAUUUCCGCACCUUCAAGAGUGUGCCCCAUGAACUUUCCGUUGGCCAGCUGUCGCAGGAUCCAGAUGUGAACGGGUUCCUUACGGUACAGCUUGGGACAAAAGUUUACGGAACACCGGUGUCUCGCAUUUGUCCAUUGGGGUGA